AUGUCUCCCUCUCCCUUGCAAAACACUGGUCCUCGAUUUAAGUGUCGAAUAGCCGGGUGCAACUCCAGCUUCCAGCGCAAAGAGCACCGCAACCGCCAUGAAGGGCAGCACACGGGGGCCCUGGCCCGGGCCUGUCCCUUUUGCGCCCGUUCAUUCUCCAGAAGUGACUCUCUCCGUCGGCACAUUCGCCUGGACCACCACGACGACCCACAAGCAGUCUCAACAACUCGCACGGCCCAAGCGUGCCUGGGCUGCCGGCAGGCCAAGACGCGGUGCGGCGGAGGCAAGCCUUGCAAUCGCUGUCGUGCCCAGCCCCAACCCUGUAUUUACCACCACCGCCCCCAGCAUCAACAACAACCACAACAACCACACCAGUCACCAUCAUCUCCUGAAGUGCAGUCUCUGUCUCCUCAGUCUCCCCAGUCUCCCCAGUCUCCCCAAUCUCCCCCAUCUCCCCCAUCUCCCCCAUCUCUCCCCACCCAAGACAAUUCCACCUCCCAAUUCACCCCCUACAUCCACCUUUACUUCACCCACUUCCACCCCCACUGGCCCAUCCUGCAUCGCGCCACCUUCAGCCCCCCGGACGAGCCCCUCCUGCUCCUGCAGGUGGUCUCCAUGAUCGGUCUAUGGGUCAGCGAGACCCCCUCGGCGCGCGAGGCGGCGAUCAAUCUCCAUCGCAAACUGGGAUCUUCCAUCCUCGCACAGCAGGAGAAUUGGGCACGCUCCAUCUCAUUCACCGCGGAUCCGCCCGACCAUGAUCCCACCGCACCGACACAGGAGAUCGUCUCGCGAUGUCCCGUAGCCACCUACCAGGCGAUCCUCUUAUAUCUCAUCUUCUCCCUGGUGCUUACCCGCGCAGGCCACGGCCCGAGCCAUGGGAGCAGCAAGCCUUCGCACGCGCUGGAUCUCACCCUCCCCCUCUCCCCCGACGACACGCACAUCCUCUCCGUCCUUGUCACCACCUGCCUCCGCAACAGCGUCUUCUACUACCCGCUGAUGCUGGAGCGGUACCACCGGACCAUCGACUCGGUCGCGUGCAUCUGGGUCGGGGUCGAGGAGCUGAAGCGCCUCGGCUUGGCCAUGUACAAGGUCUGUCGGCUGAGUGGGCAUACAGCCAAAAUGGUGGAGGGAGAAGACGAGCUGGCCAGGGUCGGCGAUGGGCGGGAGGAACACCGGGGCGUCUUGCGUCUCUCGGACCUGCAGUUCCCGCCGCCGGAUAGUCGGCAUCUCUGGGAGGCGCAGUCCAACCCGGAGCUGGCGCGGUUGCUGCAGAUCGAGGCGCGCAGGUCCGGGGGUGCGUCGGCCCCGUUGGACGGGCGCGAGGAAGGAAAUUGGAUCUCGGCGUGUGCGAGGGUGUUGGCGGACGGGGUGGAUACUUGGUGGUUGUGA